GCUACGUGUCACUUCUUGCCGUAUGGCAGGCAUUUCUGCGUCUUGUGUGCAGGAGCUAUAUAAGGGCCUAUCCCAUUAUACCAUUAUAAGUUGGCCAUUGUACCUGUUCCGUAAGUUGGUCGAAUUGAGGAGGGAUAUUGGUCGAGUAUACGCAAAAACAAAGCGGAGAAAGGUUAUAAGGGAGCGGGAAGAAUUUUUGAUAAGAAAUAUAUCGAAUAUAAUGGAAAAUAGUGAAAGUGGAGACGAUGGUGGUCCUUUAGGGACAACGACGUUUCUGGGAGGAAACAAUGUUUCUGCGUCUUACAUCGGUGUUCAAUCAGACGAUAUGGAAGAUGACCCUGAGAAUACAGAUGACUCCAAUCAUGGUACCGGGGAUCCUUUGCAGGGUACAGCUGGUACCGGUAGCAGUGUGCCUCUUCGAGAGCAGGAUCGUUUCUUGCCGAUCGCGAACGUCGCAAAAAUCAUGAAACGAGCCAUUCCAGAAGCCGGCAAAAUAGCUAAGGAUGCACGAGAAUGCGUGCAGGAGUGUGUGUCCGAGUUCAUAUCGUUUAUCACCUCGGAGGCGAGUGACCGGUGUCACAUGGAGAAGCGCAAAACUAUUAACGGUGAGGACAUUCUGUUCGCUAUGACUACGCUCGGCUUCGACAAUUACGUCGAGCCGCUGAAGAUGUAUCUGCAAAAGUACCGCGAGGCAACGAAAGGUGACAACCCGCCCAACGCUGGCAACGGCAAAACGGAAUCGCAGACCACCAUAUACGACGACUCCUCGCUAUUCGCCAUCGCGCCGGCCCCAGGUCCCACCACGGCUGACGCUACUCCCGUCAUCUAUAGUUACUCCACCAACGAACAAAUGCAGUUCCAGCUUUCCUGAUUACUGCGAAUUAAAGUGAUGCCGUUAUACAUCUGUUCUAAGACACACUGUGUGACGUGUGGGAGUAUGGACGCGAAAGUAACUUCGUAUCGUUGCCGUAUAAAACUGAUCUUGCGAAAAAGAGAAACUGCUAGAGAGACGGCUGUGAUGGCGAAGUACUUUACAUUUUAACUUCCGAAUAUGAUAAGACAGUUGCAAGAGAGAGAGAGAGAGAGAGAGAGAGAGAGAGAAAGAGAGAGAGAGAGAGAAAUAGAGAGAGAGGGGGGGGAGGAGAGAUAGAAACGGAACAAACAAGUGUCGCGCUGAAGUAAUCUUGUAAACAAGCUGAAGUAAGCAAGUAAACCUUGAAAAAAGCAAAACUUGUAAGCAUGGACGUAAAUAAAUCGAGAGACCUUUCGUGAGAGACCCGUCGACGACGGCGAUGGUUCCUUUACUUCUUCGUACACGACAAAAGGGUAGAAAAACAUGGCCGAUUCUUUUCUUUCUCUAUUGUUAAGCACUAGAGAAACGCAUUAGAGGCUACUCUUGUUUAGGAUGCGGUGAGUCUGCGACAGAGAAAAAAACGGUUCAGGCCGCGACUAAGUAGGCUAGAUCGAGCGUCGCAUGCGAGAACCGGCAGUAGAUCGGCGUUUAUAGAAUUCAUUUCGUAAAAAACGUUCGUUCGGAUCGCGACGCGCGCGCGCGGUCGCUUCUUCAUUCCGGCAAUUGGGCAGGCGAGAGCAGGAGCUCGUGUCCCUUCGUCGCCGGUGACACGGAGCGGCUCUUAGGCGCGGCCGAUUGCCGAUCCUGUUGAUGAUGCCGCUGUUGUUGCUGCUGCGACUGCUGACGCUGCUGUUGCGCCGGCGGCAACAACGAAGCGGUCGACAACGUCCCUGUUGGUCGUGCCUCGGCCUUCCUCGCCUUCUCUUUUUUGUGCGAGGCGACAUGACAGAAUCGCCAGCGGCAGGGGCCGCAACGGCACAGACAGAGGCACAGUAGUACGCGAAACAGACAGCACAGCAGCCCGGCGCAGAGCAACGACGGGCCGACCAGCCUCAGCUCCGGGCUGAGGAAGCCCUUCUCGCCGGUGCCGACGAACGAGAUAAUUAAACCGAGCGCUGUGGUCCCUAAGCCCGCAUAGAGCACGGUAUUGACCGCCGCGCUGACCUCUCCUCUCUGGCGAACGGCGUUACUGCUGUCAUCUUCCUCGUCGUCCUCGCCGCUGCUGCCGUAGCAGUAACUGGCGUCCCGUAUCUGCAACAGAAUUUCCCACGGUGUUGGUCUCUCGUAGGAUCCUCGCCGGAUUUAUCGUCUCUCGCGCUUAACGGAUUGGAAAUGUAAUUAGGUUUGGAAAUGUUUGUACAUCUUGAGAAAAUAUCAGCGGAAUAGCUCGAAUUUGUAAUGCGCAAUGCGAUGAAAAUAAUCUUGUUUAAGGGGCAACAUCACGCUAGAAAUCUUCACAAACUAAUUCUCAUCGCGUUAUCCGAAAGGUCAUACGGUUUUGGACAAUUUGUUUAAAGAUUUUUUGGAAAUUUAUGAAGUUGUAGGAGAAUUUAUGAAACCCUGUCGAAACAUGUAGGGCGCUGGGGGUUUUUAAACACAUCUUUCGAGACUAUUUUUUGAAGAAUUGGUCUGGAAGAUAUUUGGAAAGCUAUUGAUUCGACUUUUUCUUUACGACAAAUUUUUUGUCUGUUUUUUUCUGUUUUCUUUUUUUUUUUAACUCUGAGACAGAUACAAAAAACUAUUUUUGUUGAAAAUUCGUAAUUUUUUUUAUGAAACCUGUUAUUUUGUGAAAACGAAACUUUUCUUCUAGCUCGUUAUAAAACAUGUUUUAAAUAAACAUAUAAAUUUUUCAAAACAUGCAUUCAUUGUAAAAUUACCUUUAAAAACAAAGUUUGUUACUUAAAAAAGUAUUCCUAAAGAUUCUCUCCUUUUUUGCUCGCCAUGGUGUUCUCCCUUAAAGAAACGUGCAAGAUGAAAGAAAUGGAAAUUUCAGAUUAUUCCGCGGUUAUUCCGCGUUAAUUUUUUACUUAUUCAUCUUAGACGUUUCGCAGAUAUAGGAAUUAUUAUGUAGAAAUAUGUGGGAAUUGUCGCUCUGAUGCAUCUGACCCGCAUUCUACAAAGCACGAAUGACAGUUUCCAUUAUUUAUGGUCCCAUAUGAAUUGUCGACAAAUUUACCCUGUUCCUCUUCAUCCAUCGUCGAUGCGCUUCGCAUUGCUUCGUUUUGUAACCAUCUCCGCGACAUCCUGGUGAUGUGGGGGAUAGAGGAAGUGAAGGUCUGUUGCACCCUUGCCAGGCUGCCUUACCGGGUCCCUGACCGCCACACUGAAAUAUGUGACUCUCAGACAUAUCAUUAAGAGUAAUUUCGACGGCGAUUUCAAUAUAAACUGGUCUUUACACCGGUCCCCUAACUGUGGUCCUCUAACAAUGUGAUUACUCGACAUUCCGAGUGGUUUUAUCCCUUAGAAAAGGAAAGAGAAUAAAAACAAGUAGGGAACCGUGACAAAUCGCCGCAAGACCAGCGCUGUGAUUUUACGUGUCUUUAUUCUCUUUCCCUUUCUAAGUUGAUUGCACCUCUUAGGAACUUCUUCCCAAACUUAUUCUCUUUUCUUUCUUUCAGUGGGUUUCGUGGGUUUUUCUAACACAUUAUAACAUAUGUAUGUAUUUUAAUUAUACACUGACUCUAAAUUAUUUAUGUAAAGUUAGCGCUAACUUUCCGUGUGAGAAAAUAUAUGUGUGAGAAAUAUAUAUAUGUAUCUAAGA